AUGAUUUUCAUCGAGAAUGAGGUUACUUUCGAAAGCUUAUCAGAGUAAAACAGUCAAGUUUUCAGAGCACUCUCGUUUGGAGAUUCCCCAUACAUAUAUCUCAAUCUUCACUCGGCGGCAAGACUAAUCUGUCAAAUGCGUGCACUCUAAUCGCUCUUAAAAUAGCUGAACUCAUCCAUAUACAUAACAUUGACAUGCCGACGCCAGUUCCUAUUCUAACGAAGGAUACAGUGACGGGAAGAGUGAUGGGCGGGGCUGAGGUGCUCCAGAGACCGUGCACCUCUUCGGCUCGGAAUAUCCAAAUGAUCAAAACUGACAAGAACAAUAGUGGCAUGAGCGAACGCGAGAAAGUGGUGAUUUCGGUCGGGACUGAUUUUGAAAGAUUUCGUAUUUCAGAAUUGCCCUUCAAGGAUCGUGAGCUGUCUGGUCAACGGAAUUGUCGAUGGGAACGAGGCAUACGCAAAGGACGCGGGUCACGAUUCGACUAGAGUCUACAACCUGCCAGAUGCUAUCAAAGCUUGCGAUCUGAACUUUGCGGUUUGUAAUUUUUUCGUCUCAAACUGGAACGACAACAAUCUGACUAUAGGAAAUAGAUUUCAAACUGUCUACCGGGUCCAUCAAAGAUUCUCUUCCGAAACUAAUCAAUCUGGCCGUCCGAAGGUUCGAAUCACUUCUUCCGCCACUGUCUAUGAGUCUUCUUUUCUAGCACGCUCUUCCAAUCGGAACGCCGUCUCGUUUUCGUCAUGAUCGGAUGCAUUCGGACCGUCCUAAUUGUUUUCGACCGAACGAACGGGUCUCUGACUCUUUUCGAUACGCACAUGCACUUGUGGCGCGAUGACGAGCGGAGUGGUGAGCAAAAUCAUUGCAAAUUUUCAAUAAAUUGUCUGUUCAGAGACUUUGAAGCACGGCGCUCUUAUCGGAACCUGCCAGUACAGCAACCUCAACACUUUUGCCGAUUGGGUUCAGAAUUUCGUGUUUCCGGAUAUCAAAAAGUCUGCUGAAGUAAGUUUUCGAUAGGAAAUCAGAAAGGAAAAAUCAACCGUAGGAGUUCGAAAUUUCGUUGGUUCAACUCACAGAAUCUGGAGAUGAAAAGGCUCGAAAUGUGUGCCAAACGUAUCGUAAAUUUGCUCUGCCUAUUCGUAUACCUGUCUUUCAAACACGUCACUUGGAGGAGGACAAAGAAAGUAGGUGACGUCUGAUAAUUUGGAUGAAAAAAAAACGAAAGUAGAUUGUAGACAAGAAAGAGCUCGGCUAUCCAGUUCUCCGCAGCAUUCUGUCGAGACCGCCGUUGAAGAUUUUGAGAGUGGGAAUGAAAAGACGGCACUACUCGAAAGAUGGCGAAGAAAGUGGCUGUUUUGGAAGAAAAGAAAAGAUAAACAGGUGAGUUUCGAGGGGAAGCCCUGAAACCGAGUGCGAAUAUUUCAGACAAUCACCAACGUGA